AUGAGAACUACACCAACAGCAGCCUCAGAAGCGAUGAUGGAGCUAACCCCGCUUCAUCCACAUAUACAACUAGAAGCGACUUUAGCUGCCAUCAGACUCAAGACACUAAAUCUUUGGAGUAAGAAUAGUGUCCCUCAUACAGGCAUAAUUGAUAGAAUUCACUCAAAAUUUCCUGUACUACAAGCCAAGUACGAUAAGAUUCCUAAACAAUUUGUUUUCGAUAAGAAGUACAAGAUACAACUAAAUGAAACCGGCCAGCCGGAAGGAUUAAGCCCAAAAGAGCUUAGAGUUUUCACCGAUGGUUCUAAAACAAAUGAAGGUGUAGGUUCUGGAACUUUCUCUGAAGACCUCAAUAUCCUCAUAUGCACACCGCUGGGUACCUAUAAAACAGUCUUUCAGGCGGAAUGUAUUUCAAGCAAUUCAAGCGGCCAUAGUAAUAGAUGCCUUAACCUUCCUAAGGUUAAUGACUUCCCCAUCAGAAUACUGACCGACAGUAGGACCGUACUACAAGCUCUGAGUUGA